AUGAAAGAAAGCCAUCAAGGCGAGGUACCCUCUAACGUCGCAUCGUAUGCUGCAAUUCCGCCAUUUGACUUUUGCAUCUCAAUUCUUGGCAGUGGAGGUGUUGGCAAAACAGCGUUGUUGAGAUCGUUUUUCGAUCAACCUUUUGAAGAAAAACACAUUCCGACCGUCGAUGAUUAUUAUGUACACUCUCUGUCGAUGGACGGGAAGCACUUUACACUUUGUAUCGUGGACACUGCAGGUUCGUACUCCUUUCCUGUAAUGAGGAGCUUGGCUUUAAAUUCAAGCCACGCAUAUAUCGUCGUUUACGCCGUGGACGACGUAGUGUCGUUUGAAGAAGCUGUGAAAACCAUGGAAGAAAUAUCUGCGCUUAGAGGUAACAGUGAAAACGUUGUGCCUGUUAUUCUGGUUGGCAACAAGUUGGAUACGGAUGUUACCGAGCGCGAAGUGACCGCACGUGAAGGGUACGAAGCUGUUUCAGUGAUGUCUCGCCUCGAAGGAGAAUACAUCGAGGCGUCGGCAAAGAUAGAUUUCAGAGUGGACAAAAUCUUCUCGAAUAUGCUUGAGGCAUUGAUCUAUAAAGGCAGAAAAAGGAGGCGGAAAAAGUUUGCAAAGAGAAGGUUGAGAGUGGGACGCGGCAAGAAGCAGAAAUUUAAGGAACCACACCGCACCUGUAACAUCAUGUAA